AGAGACCCCUACAGGCUUGGGAGCCAGAGGCUCUGAAGAUUCUGACUGCAUCUUUGCUCAAAAUAGAAAGCAGCACUCCUCCUGCUGCCUUUCUCUCCUCGCUGCGAAUCCCACAAUUAAACACGAUGUGCAAAGGACUUGCAGGUCUGCCGGCUUCCUGCCUGAGGAGCGCAAAGGAUAUGAAACACCGGCUGGGCUUCCUGCUACAGAAGUCUGAUUCCUGUGAACACAGCUCUUCACACAGCAAGAAGGAUAAAGUAGUCACUUGCCAGAGGGUGAGCCAAGAAGAAGUCAAGAAAUGGGCUGAAUCACUGGAAAACCUGAUUAACCAUGAAUGUGGGCUGGCAGCUUUCAAAGCUUUCCUGAAGUCAGAAUACAGUGAGGAGAAUAUUGACUUCUGGAUCAGCUGUGAGGAGUACAAGAAAAUCAAGUCACCUUCUAAACUAAGUCCCAAGGCCAAGAAGAUCUAUAAUGAAUUCAUCUCAGUGCAAGCAACAAAAGAGGUGAACCUAGAUUCUUGCACAAGGGAGGAGACGAGCCGCAACAUGUUAGAGCCCACGAUAACUUGUUUUGACGAAGCCCAGAAGAAGAUUUUCAACCUGAUGGAAAAGGAUUCAUACCGCCGCUUCCUCAAGUCUCGAUUCUAUCUCGAUUUGACCAGUCCUUCUAGCUGUGGGGCAGAGAAGCAGAAAGCAGCCAAGAGUUCUGCAGACUGUGCCUCCCUAUUCCCCCAGUGUGCCUAAUUCUCACACGGAGGCAGAGAGCAGACAUGCCAAGACUCUACGCUCUGGAAAAUCUGAGGCCAAAUAUUGAUCUGUACUAAGCACCAAUGCUUUAUCCACGUUGUAGUCUAGCGUCCAUGCUGCCUGCUGUGUGCAAGUCACUCCCAUGUAAAACUAGACUAAGUUGUGGUGUUGGGGUUUUUAUUUCAAAUGUUCCCAAGUUUCCUUAAGGGUGUCAUGUGAGCAAGUCUCCAAGUAAUAUCCCUGUAGGUCUGGAUUUUCAAAGAUUGCUGGCAGUCCCCUGCUUCCAGCAGUUUGACCUCAAGUUAGUUGGUUGGUCCACUUCAUGUGGCAACACAUGCAAUGUCAGCCAGCAGCACUUCCUACAGACUCUCAAUGUUUAGGUGAGAUUGGUGUGUGCAUAUAUGUAUAUAUUAAAUACAUAUAAUAUAUGCAUAUAUGUUUUGUAUAUAUUGUACCUAUGUAUCCAAAUGUAUGUGGAUGUAUAUAUGUAUACAUUCACACAUGCACACACAUUUCUACAAGAGUGAUGGGAAAGACCCUAGGUGCUCAAAUUGGAGUAUGUACACAUGCUUCCACGCAUGUUCUGAUAUCUGGUCCUUCAUACUGUGUUUGAACAGGGCAAAUGAAAUUAACUCCUGUGCAGGCUAAGAAAGGAACACUGACUUGUAGAAAACAAGUUCUGUAAAACCAUUGGGUCUUGAUGGGGAAUAACCAUGUUUAGGCACUGACAGCAGCCUCCAUAUUGAGCACUAAACUAGAGGGUGAAUACUCUGGAAACUCGGCUGUCUGAGACAGAACUGCCUUGCAUCAAAGAUCACGACUGGCACUUUCAAGUCCCUAUGCUGAUGGCCUUCCUCCUUUGCUUAGGUGCUCAGGGCAUGCCGAUUAGCAGCUGGAUCGGUCUAGAGUUGGGAGAUGGGAUAUUUGAGCUGAAUGAAGGAAAACAGUCCAGGUCUUGCCGACUAGCCCUCUUGAGGGCCAUAGGCUAUGUGAGGGCAUAGGACCUGAAGAUUGUCCUAUUUCUUUCCUCUCUUGAUAAGGUGCUUGUCUACUCCCACCCCCUGAGAGCAUCAACUGUCAGAUGAGCCUCCUUAAUUCACUGUGGUUGGUGGUUCACUUUCAGAACCUGGCCUGGCUCAAAUCUACAUGCCUACAUUAGCAAAGCUUCGUCUCAGGAAAGGUUUUGUUUUAUAAGGAGGAAGGAAGUUCUUACAAAUUGAAAAGCCCUCCUUGAUUUUCUGCUUUGAAGUAGGUAAGAGCUUGUCCCUCCUACCCCAAACAUUAAGGCUAGCAGAGAUUGAUGAAGGGAGAAAGGAAAGAAAACGGAAAAGAGAAGAGAGAGGACAGGAUAUCAGUUGGUAGGACUACUGUUUGGAACUUUUCAAGGCACAUGAAAUACUUGAAAAUUUCUCAUUUGUGUUAUUUAUGAUGUUGUUUUGUACAAUGUUUAUAUUAUUGUGUUGUUUUAUAAAUGGAGGUACAGGACAUCACCUGACUUACUAAUGAAUGCCCAUGAAGUAAUUUUCUUCUCAUUCUUCUAAAACUGCUGCUUUUGAGAGCACACACAUACUCAUGCACACACUGUACCCAUUGCUCCAGUCUACAUGGCAUGCAUGCGAACCCCUGUGGCUAAGCCAAUGUACUGAGCUGCAAUAUGAAGACACUGGAGUAGUGUGUAUCUAAGUCUCAUAGUACUGAGGAAAUUGGUUUUCUAACUGUACCUUUCUUGUCUCUCUGACAGUCUUGCUUGUAACGUCCCUAGAGCUCCCUACCAGUGUUCUCCACCCCAUUUUUUGUUAUACACGGUUCCACAAUCUUGUUUGUACAACUCUUUGAUCUUGCCCUAAUAUUAUAUCUCUGAGAUUGUACCUGUACUCACAGACUGCUGUCUCACAAAUAGGUUUGGAAAGUCAUUCCGAAUGAGAAGUAAAUUAUUUUAUGUAAUACAUUUUGAGUGUGUUUUCAAUUGUAUUGCCAUCGCUCUUUGAUAUAGUGAGCCUGCCUGCUGCUGGUCCAUGCAGAGACUGCUCCUUCCGUAUGCAUGCCUGUUUCUAUCAUGUGCUUUGUGGGCCUCAACGCUGAUGCUUCCAAUGAAGCACACACAUCUUGAUAAUAAGAGUAAAUAAAUGCUUCUUACAAAACAA